CCAACUAAUCAACGUUUAACCAUUCGUCACCACGAGCAUUGGCCAACGGCCAACACGAAGGCUUCUCGAUCGACAGGAAUACCCAAGAAGAUCUGAAUUAAUUUGAUUGGGAGGAACCGGGAAGCAAUUGGCUAGCUAGCGGAGGGGAAAGAGAUGGCCUCUACCACAGUCCCGCACAUCACCGUCCUGGGGUCUCUCAACAUGGACCUGGUGGCCUACGUCCCGCACCAUCCGCUGCCAGGCGAGACGCUCACGGCAGACGCCUUCGCGACGUCGCCCGGUGGAAAGGGAGCAAAUCAGGCGGUGGCAUGCGCGAAACUGUCACGGUCGAGGCCGGAGUCGGGGCCUGACGUAGGCGAGACGGCGAGGGUUGCCAUGGUCGGAUGUGUCGGUGCGGACGGACACGGCGCCCAGCUGCAGUCCAACCUGGCCGGCUACGGCGUCGACGUGUCCGGGGUUGAAGCGCGGGGGGGGCUCACGACGGGUGUUGCCAUGAUCAUCGUCGACAAGCCGACGGGCGAGAACAGGAUCGUGCUCAGCCCGGGGGCCAACCACGCGCUGCGGCCGGAGGACCUGAGCACGCUGGCCCGGCUGCGGCCCCGUCGGGACGGAGAGAAGAAGAAGGAGAAGGGCGAGGAGGAGGGAGCUCAGAAGCUGCCGGACCUGCUGAUUAUGCAGCUGGAGAUCCCCUUCGACACGGUGCUGGCCGCGCUCGCGGCCGCCCGGCGCGAAGGCGUGGACGUGCUCCUGAACCCGGCGCCGGCGCGACGGCUACCCGACGAGGCAUACGCCGGGUUGGCCCACCUGGUAGUGAACGAGACCGAGGCGGCCAUCCUGGGAGAGGUGGACGAGCGGGCGCUGGAUGACGAGGCCGGCCUCGAGAAGGUCGCGGAGGGGUUCGUCAAGAAGGGUGUGCACAACGUGAUCAUCACGCUCGGCGGGAGGGGCGUGUACUACUACCGGAGCGAGGACGGCAGGCGGGGCCUGGUGCCGGCCGAGAAGGCCAAGGUGGUCGACACCACGGCCGCCGGGGACACGUUCGUCGGGCAGUACGCGCUGGACGCGGUGGUGGCCAAGAAGGGAGGGGAAGCGUUUGACAUCGAGGCCGCCGUGAGGAAGGCGAACAAGGCGGCGGCCAAGACGGUCGAAAAGGCUGGGGCUCAGGACUCGAUCCCGUGGCGGGAUGAGCUGGAAUAGGCAGCAGCAGCAGCAGCAGCAGCAACCAAGAAACAAAAGGGGAUCGAUCAGCUUGACGAGAUCAAGAUGGAUUCUAGUCCAACGAUACA